GAGAGAGCGAGAGAGAGAGAGAGAGAGAGAGGGAGAGAGAGGGAGAGAGCGAGAGGGAGAGAGGGAGAGGUAUUUCUGUGAGGAUCGUGUGCGCUCAACACCAGGCUGAUGUUUUCUUCAGAGCGGGAGAACUCCUCCAAGCCCGUCAAAUACGGAGAGCUGAUCGUUCUCGGGUGUAAUGGCUCGCUGCCCGGGGGAGAUCGGGGCAGACGGAGGAGCCGCUUCAGCCUGUUUGAACGACCCUCAGCCAAUGGAGUCAAACCCAGCACUACACACACCUGCAGCCCGCAGGCAGCCAAGGUGAUCAGUAAAAACAGCCAGCACAGCGUGUCGUACACGCUCUCCUGGUCUGAGGCGGUGGUGGUGGAGUACACCGACGACAAUGAAACCGACAUGUUUCAGAUUGGUAGAUCUACAGAGAAUCCGAUAGACAUUGUGGUGACUGAAACAGCUGGUGGUAGGCAUGGUAACAGUCCCAUGCGGCCCCUGCAGAGCACUGUCUCGCGGUUUGCAUGUCGGAUUGUGUGUGAUCGGACUCCGCCCUACACCGCCCGUGUUUAUGCCGCCGGCUUCGACUGCUCCAGAAACAUCUUCCUUGGGGAGAAGGCAGCUAAGUGGAGGACGUUUGAUGGUCAGAUGGAUGGCCUGACCACUAAUGGAGUUCUCCUGAUGCAGCCAGCGCGAGGUUCCAAACCAGCGGUGUGGAGAGAGAUAUCAGUCUGCGGGAACGUCUUCACGCUCCGAGACACCACAUCACCACAGGACAGAGGAAAACAGGUGAAGGAUGAGUCUCCAGUGCUGUUGGACGGUUCUCUGAUCGAUCUGUGUGGAGUGACCCUAUUGUGGCGCUCGGUGGAAGGUCUGUCGCGCAGCCCGACCGCCGGCCACCUGGAGGCGCUGCGGCUCCGUCUGAAUGCCGCCCGACCCCAGUGCCCUGUCCUGCUCAGCACGCUGGCGUUCCCAAGCCUGGACGGCCCAAGGCCUCGCCGGCCCUGGGUCUACCUGACCUGUGGACAUGUCCACGGAUACCACCCAUGGCAGGGGAGGGGCAUUGCCUACAAACAACAGAGAAGAGAGGCAGGGAGGGAUAGAGGAGAAAGAGGGGGAGAGACGGAGAGAAGUACAGAGGAGGAAGCAGAAGCCGUCAGAGGUGAGAGAGAGUGUCCGCUGUGCCGAAGUCGUGGCCCGUACGUUCCGCUGACCCUGGGCCGCGUGUCGGAUGUGUACGUGGACGCCGAGUCGCCGUCUCACGCGUUUGUCCCCUGUGGACACGUCUGCUCGGAGCGAACGGCGGAACACUGGAGCAAAACGCCGCUGAAGCGCGGGACAAACAUCUUCCAUCCAGCCUGUCCGUUCUGCCUCGGACAGCUGAAACGAGACAGGCCCUACGUCAGACUCAUCUUUCAGGGACCACUGGACUGACAGUCUCCAUCUGUAGACCUUUGAACGCUGACAAGAUGCCGGUGCCCAGUCUUGUUACCAUGUUGUGAACUUCCAUCGGUGCCAUUCUGGCCUUAAAACCAAAGAACCAGGGACGCAAGGGGGUGACGCUGUCGCCGUGUAAAGUUCAGAGAGUCCAUGUAAAUUUUUAAUGUUGGAAAAUUGUCAUGUUACCAGAUCAAAACUACCAGCUGGUCAAUGGAUCUGACUUGUUGCCGUGAUAUGAAAGAACAUUCUGGUCGGAACAACUUGUAAACUCGAGUAACAUGAAACUUGCCCUUGUAUUUAUGACUAUCAGCCAUUCUACUGCAACUUCCUCACGCUAAAUACCAUUCACGUGCCACUUCCUCACGCUAAACUCCAAAAAAAACCUUUACUGGGACCGGCCGAACGUACCAUGAGAACCCCUUUUCACGUUUUUUCAAAAAUGAGUGAACUGUAAAUUAUCAGUGGUCCACGGAAGAAACUCAUGUAAGACAUAGAACACAAAAUAAACACGAGAUAAAACGCUGAUAAAUGCCAACAAAGAAAAAUGGGGCCACUCCGGCCUUGAAAACCUGCUGAAACCAAAAAACCAGGGAUGCAAGGGGGGGUGACAUCUUCACCAUGUAAUGUUCUGACAAAACAGGUGCACCGACGGCAAUGCCAGUGUGGUCUAACCUGUUGCUGUGGUAUCAGAGAACAUUCUGGCCGGUCUUAUGGAAAGACUUGUAAACUUGGGCUUACUUGGAACUUCUCCUUGUAUUUACGAGUUCAGCCGUGUUGCUACUUCCUCAUGCUAAGCUACAAAAAGCAAAAAACAUUAUCCGGGACAAUCAGAACCAAUAUUUACCACAGAUUUUCAAAAAAAAAAACUGACCUAUGCUGAUAACACUGGCUUUUAUUGCUUGGUAGCAAUAUUAAUAU